AUGGGCAAGAAACAGAGCAAGUUAGACGGCACGGAACUAAGGGACCUCUUGGACUCUACUUAUUUUGACAGACGUGAGAUCCAGCAGUGGUACAGAGACUUCAUGAGGGACUGUCCAAGUGGUAUACUCAGGAAAGAGGAAUUCCAAACAAUUUACCAGCAAUUCUUCCCAAAUGGUGACCCCAGCAAAUUUGCAAGUUUUGUGUUCAAUGUAUUUGAUGCUAACAAGGACGGCUACAUAUCCUUUAAGGAGUUUAUCUGUGCUCUCUCCAUCACCUCACGAGGAUCUCUGGAUGAGAAACUGGACUGGGCAUUCAGUCUGAAUAAUGAUGGUCGUCUCACCAAGGAUGAGUUCAGAGAAGGUUCCAAGUGUGAUCCCUGGAUUGUGGAGGCCUUGUCCACACCACAUCAUUAG